AUGGACGUGGAUCCAACUGUUCAAAUUCUUCAAGCUCUCCAUGACCUGUCGGCGCAGAUGGGCGCGUUCAAGCGCGACGUCCACACGCGCCUCAACGCAAUCGACAACCGUCUUCUCGCCCUAGAGGCCACUGUCUCUCGAGCGAUAAACCGACCGUCAGCAGCACAUGCAGUUCCGUCGCCGUACCAGCUCGCGCAUGCCGUCGGUCCUGGAGCAGUUCCCUACACUUACGGACAGCCAGUUCCACCUUCUCUCAUGAUCGCCUCUCCUCCCUCCGCCGGGCUCGAUCCGCCACAGUCAAGGCACCAGCCGCCCUCCAUCAGUCCUCCCAAUCCCGGCCGCAGCGAGUCGAAGAAGGGCACACAGCACGGAAGUUCCGAGAAUGCCAGGUACCUACCGUUCGCGCUCGAGGAGGUUGCGUUCUUCAGUCGCGGCGGCAACCUUCCGGGACGGCCUGCUCCGCAGUGUUUCUGUGGUGACAAUAAGGGCCCCAGUUGCUUCCGAGCUCGACACUUCGACUGGUGCGCCACGCAUUCGAAGGACGUUCCAUUUGAUCAUCAGAACUGCGAAGGCAUGCCGGACUGCAAGGUCAUCCACUGGGAGCACGUACUGAACUGGAAAGAGCUAGUGGAUUACUCGAAGAUGUCUGGCUUGCUGGGACGAAGGGGCUUGCAGGAUCUGGACAGUGUGCUAUCUUUUGGAUACUAA